ACAAAAUAAAUGUGCUGUAAGAAAGCAUUUUACUGUCUCAUUGUUUAACCCGAGAUCGAGUUCACAAGCACUCAAGCAAGGUCUGCGAAACGUGUUUGCUGGUCUACAGCAGCUGUUAAUGUUCUUGGCCCGCUCUCUCUUCAAGAUGUCUGGCCACAAUCCCUCGCUGAUUAGGCUGGAACAGAGGGCUGCCGAGGCGGACCAGAUCAUCGAGUACCUCAAACAGCAGGUCCAGCUGCUCAAGGAGAAAGCCAUUGUGCAGGCCACUGUGAGGGAGGAGAAGAAGCUUCUUGUGGAGAAUGCCAAGCUGAAAAAGGACAUCGAGGACCUGAAAAAACAACUGCUGGAAAAGGAAAAGAGGAGAGGAGUGAUGGAGGUGGCCAUGCCCGCUGGAGACUCCCUGGUAAACACGUCUGUCCAGUGCACUCCCAAAUCUGCUCCAGUGUCAGGCGGCCCCACCUCACCCACCACUGUCAGUAAUGACAUGCCCCCCAAAGACGUGGAGGGAAAGAAGAAGAAACCAGAGAAGAAGGGAGAGAAGAAGGAAAAGAAGCAAAGUGCGGCUCCAGGAGAGGAGGUGAAGGUGGACGUCUCCCGCUUAGACAUGCGUGUAGGCCGAAUCCUCACGGCUGAGAAGCACCCGGACGCCGACGCCCUGUAUGUGGAGCAGGUGGACGUGGGCGAGGCCGCGCCCAGGACAGUCGUCAGUGGACUGGUCAAACACAUCCCCAUAAAGCAGAUGCAAAACCGUAUGGCCGUAAUAUUGUGCAACCUGAAGCCUGCCAAAAUGAGGGGAGUGCUCUCCCAGGCCAUGGUGAUGUGCGCCAGCUCCCCGGAGAAGGUGGAGAUCCUGGACCCGCCCGGCGGAGCCGUGCCUGGUGACAGGGUGACCUUCCAGGGCUUCCCCGGCGAGCCAGACAAGGAACUGAACCCGAAGAAGAAGGUGUGGGAGCAGAUCCAGCCUGACCUGCGCACGGAUGGCCAGUGCGUGGCCACGUACAAGGGCUCCGCCUUCGAGGUUGCUGGGAAAGGGGUGUGCAAGGCCCAGACCAUGAGCAGCAGUGGCAUCAAGUAACCUGCCGGACCCCACCCAGCCGCACCGGGGUCCCCUUGGGAGAGCAAGACAAGCACGUGCAACAUGUGACCGAGGAAGAGGAAAUGUAGCAGAUCCUUAAUAAAAGACUAUAAAUAAUAAUCAA